GGGUGGGGGCCACGGAGCCGGAGCCGAGCCCCAGAGAGAGAGCGGGAGGGCGGGCCAGGCGCGCAGCGGCGGCGGACCGCGGCCGGAGCUCGGCGCCAGCCACCUCGGCCUCCCAGUCAGCCCCGCGGCGGGGCAGCCGCAGGAGCCCUGGCUGUGGCCAGUGGACAGUGGGCCAUGCCGGGGGCAGUGGAAGCCCCUAGCUGGAAGCAGGCGGAGGACAUUAGGGACAUUUAUGACUUCCGUGAUGUUCUGGGCACGGGGGCCUUCUCCGAGGUAAUCCUGGCAGAAGAUAAGAGGACUCAGAAGCUGGUGGCCAUCAAAUGCAUUGCCAAGAAGGCCCUGGAGGGCAAGGAGGGCAGCAUGGAGAAUGAGAUCGCUGUCCUGCACAAGAUCAAGCAUCCCAACAUUGUAGCCCUGGAUGACAUCUAUGAGAGUGGGGGUCACCUCUACCUCAUCAUGCAGCUGGUGUCAGGUGGGGAGCUAUUUGACCGCAUCGUGGAGAAAGGCUUCUAUACAGAGCGGGAUGCCAGUCGUCUCAUCUUCCAGGUGCUGGAUGCUGUCAAGUACCUGCACGACUUGGGCAUCGUACACCGGGAUCUCAAGCCAGAGAAUCUGCUGUACUACAGUCUGGAUGAAGACUCCAAGAUCAUGAUCUCAGACUUUGGCCUCUCCAAGAUGGAGGACCCAGGCAGCGUGCUCUCCACUGCCUGCGGAACCCCGGGAUACGUGGCACCUGAGGUCCUAGCCCAGAAACCCUACAGCAAGGCUGUGGAUUGUUGGUCCAUAGGGGUUAUUGCCUAUAUCCUGCUCUGCGGUUACCCCCCGUUCUAUGACGAGAAUGAUGCCAAGCUCUUUGAACAGAUUCUGAAGGCUGACUAUGAGUUUGAUUCUCCUUACUGGGAUGACAUCUCUGACUCUGCCAAAGAUUUCAUCCGGCACUUGAUGGAGAAGGAUCCAGAGAAGAGGUUCACCUGUGAGCAGGCCUUGCAGCACCCAUGGAUUGCAGGGGACACAGCUCUAGAUAAGAACAUCCACCAGUCGGUGAGCGAGCAGAUCAAGAAGAACUUUGCAAAGAGCAAGUGGAAGCAAGCCUUCAAUGCCACCGCCGUGGUGCGGCACAUGAGGAAGCUGCAGUUAGGCACCAGCCAGGAGGGCCAGGGACAGACGGCGAGCCAUGGAGAGCUACUGGCACCGGCAACUGGGGGGUCGGCAGCUGGCUGCUGUUGUCGAGACUGCUGUGUGGAGCCGGGUCCAGAAUUGUCCCCAACACUGCCCCCACAGCUCUAGGCCCUGGAGCCAGGGUCAGGAUCCCCUGCCUGGGAGGGCUUGGGGGAUGGUUUGUUUCCCUUCUCUCCUUGAACUUGGGGUUACCCUGCCCCACAUCCUCCUUCCCUGUUCCCUCCUUGCAUUUUCCAUACAAAUGUUUCUAUUUUAUUGUUCCUUCUUAUAAUAAAGGGAAGAGGAUAAAAUCA